AUGAGGAGCCAGACGCGCCUCAUCUGCAUGCUGUGCCUCACGCUCGCCUUCUUCGUCGUGGAGGUGGUGGUGAGCCGCGUGAGCGAGUCGCUCGCCAUGCUCUCCGACUCGCUGCACAUGCUCUCGGACGUGAUCGCCCUCGGCGUAGCGCUUCUCGCCGUGCGCCUGGCCGGCCGCACGCGUCCCACGCGCCGCAACUCGUUCGGCUGGGCGCGCGCCGAGGUGGCGGGGGCCCUCGUCAACUCGGUCUUCCUCGUGGCGCUCUGCGUCACCAUCGUCCUGGAGGCCCUCGGACGGUUCGCGGCGCCGCGGACCGUCGAGCGGCCCCUGCUCGUGGUCGUCGUCGGCGCCGUGGGCCUCCUCGUCAACCUGGUGGGGCUGUGCCUCUUCCAGGGCCACGGGCACAGCCACGGGGAGGCCGCCGUGGAGGGCAGCUCCGGGCCCGUGCGUGUCGAGGAAGAGGUGGUGGAGGCGACGGGCUCGCAGAUGAACAUGCACGGCGUGUUCCUGCACGUGCUCGGCGACGCGCUGGGCUCCGUGGCGGUGGUGGUCAACGCCCUCGUCUACUCCCACUUCGAGGGCUCGUGCGUGCCCGAGGAGGCUCGUGAUGACGGCGAGGGGCCCGCGCACCGCCGCCGCCACCACCGCCGCUGCUGGGUCCACUACCUGGACCCGAGCCUGUGCCUGCUGAUUGUGGCCAUCCUCCUGAGCACGGCGGUGCCGCUGCUGCGCGACUCGGCGCUCAUACUCAUGCAGGCGGCGCCGGGGCACGUGGACCUGCGGCAGUUGCGCGAGGGCCUGGCGCGUCUCGACGGCGUCGUCGCCGUGCAGGACAUGCGCGUGUGGCAGCUGGCAGGCAGCCGCCUGGUGGGCACGGCCCGCGUGGCCUGCGCGGAGCCCGCCGACGGCCGCAGCGUCGUCCGCGGGGUCCGCAGGUACUUCCGUCAGGCCGGCAUCGGACACGCGACCAUUCAGACGGAGUUUGUCGGCCGCGACCACCCGCUGGCUGUGGCCCGCCGAUGCAGUUAG